GUACAAUGGAUAUUACAGCUGCUAUGCAUCAAGAUAGAUUAAAUAAUUCUGAACAACAAAUAAGAACAAAAGGAAGAAUUUUUCGAUGGAAAAUUGCAUGCAAUAAAAUUUUUAAUUUGACUAAACUAAAUCCACAAUCAUUAAAAUUUAAGACUGGAGAUUAUUAUUAUUAUUGUGAAAAUAAAAAUUCUAUUGUAAUUGCAGAAAUUAUUGCUGUUUUUGAAGUAAAUUUAUUAAAUAGCAUAAAUGAAGGAAAGAUUCAUGCCCGUUUGUAUAAUUUGAAGUCUAAUUUUGAUCAAGAAUUUGUUCCUAUUAUAAGUUCAAAUUGUACACAAUUUGUAUGUGAGACUAAUGUAUUUCGUUUUAUUGCACAUUUGGGUUCUGUAUCUGAAGAAUAUUGUGGUGAUUCUUGCUGGUUAGAAAAAAAAGUAAAAUUAGGAGAUUUACAAUACACAACAUAUUUUCAUUUUGUUGAAAAAUCUUGUGAACUUGAGCAGUCAAUUAAGGAAGCAGAAAAAAUAAUGAAAGCACAAAAAAAAAAUAAUUUUGAUAAUUUGUAA